CAAGCGCAGACAUCCGCAGGGCCUACGGAGCUCUCUGAGGCCUCCGCGAAUGCCAGGAGCCAAGUCAAUUGUGAUUGUGAAAGAGGACCCUGAGCCCCCAUCCAAACAAUGACUAUCAUCAGCGUAGGUAAGAAAAAAAUCACAUUUUCAUUUUGUACUGUUUUAUUGAUUUCAUUUUAUGGAUCAAUGGCCUCGUUAGAUUGUAAAAAUCAUGUAAAAUUGCUGUUUUAGGGGUCGCUUUUCAUUGUCUGGUUCCUUUUUUGCAUUUUGGUUUGUGUGGCUUUUUUGGUUUUUUGACUGUGAUUUGUUCUUCAUUUUAUGGGACUGACUUGUGACUUUGCUUUUGUGACUGUGGCUUGUGACUUCAUUUUUGGGACUUGUUUUUGUGACUGUGUGGAACCCACUUCAGCUACUGGUUGAUUGUGUGACUUCAGAAAUUGAUAAAAGCCCCCCAUCCAAACUGACUAUCAUCAGUGCACGUAAGAAAAAAAAUGAUAUUUUUUUUCAUCUAAAAUACUGUCUGAGAAGGGCAGACAUGGCAAAAACUGUCGUAGUCCAGAUCUUACAGCAUGGUCAUCUCAAGCAGGGCUUGUUCCCAUCGCAGUACAGCACUGGAGUCAAAGGCUUCUCUCCUUGUCAGACUUCAGCCAACCUGCCCAAGAUGGAUCUCUCUUUGUUCUCCCCUUCUUCUGGCCAACACACCUUGCUCUAAAAACCUCUCUGUUCCUGUCACCUCAAACACACACACCACCAUCAUGGCAACCUCCGUAUGCCCAGGCCCAAGAUUCCUCUUAGAUGGGUCAUUGACAUCUUUUGUCAUGCCAACGCCUCUAUCUCAGAUGGGGCCCUGGCUCGAAAGGAAGCUUAGCCUGUACUUUUUCACUGACUUCCAAUCUUGCCUUCAAAAUGCCAAAUAAUCAAAUCCUACCAUUUACUAAUUUCUAGGGUUUAGGCAGGUCCCCCAAAAUCUAUAAUACUACCACCCUUUUAGAAAAAGAGACAUCUUUCCAUAGGUGUGCAGAAGAAAUAACAGAACAGUUACAGCAUUUAGAGCAACACAUCAAAGCAGGUAAUAGUGCAGUGACAUGUUUAAAAACACAAGAACAGUUAAUUUCCAGGUGACCUCCAGCUUCUCUUUCCUAUUGAGGUACACUCUGAUAACCAUUCCAAUGCAGCUUACCCAGUCACCCACAGUUGGCAGCCAAGAUUAUGAGUUUCCAAAGCAUGUUUAAGUCAGAAUGCCAGCCUCAGAACCAGAGCUGUCUCAACCCAGAGGCCCUUCGUCAUCACUAUCAACAUUUUUACCAUUUCUUAUCAGCACAGUUCCUAUACAUCAUUAACAGUUUUCAUUAUCACAAGCAUGCAAAAGUACAGAACUGAACAGAGUAAUUUAGACAAAACACUUACUAGAUCCACCACCACCAACUGCAUUCAAGAAAACAAAACACACCACAGUGUUUCAAAACCUUUGUUGAACUUGCAGCAGGCAAAGUCCCUUUGUAAAUCUGUUCAGUCAACAGAAACCCAUCCUCCUCUCCUUGUUGCAAUACCCUGCCUGGGGUUUCCACAGAAUUCUUACUAUUGAGUAAAUCAAACAAAGUUCUCAGUCCUUGUUGGUUAAUCCACAGGUUCAGUCUUCUCGGGCCCUGCUAUUCCUUCUGGGUUGUGGCUCAGGGCUUCCAAACUUACACCUGCAGCCCCAAAACAAUUUAUGCAUCUGCUUGAAACACAAUUCAAGGACCCCCAGCUGUUUCCUCUCUGGCACAUGUGGAAUCUCCUCCCUGGGGCCCAGUCCACCCCAUCUCCUGCCCUAUAUCCCAAAUAAAAAUCUUGCCACCAGGCUUUAUCUGGGGGCACUUUCUUUGGAAUCUCCAGGCCCGCCCCACCCACACAGAUGUCCAGAAAACCCCUCUUUGCAUAUUCCUGGUCAGUGCCGGAUUUAUGUAUAAGCAAAACAAGCUUUAGCUUAGGGCCCCACUCUAUUGGGGGCCCCAAAAAAUUUUAAAGGAAAAAAACAACCCUGGAUGUACAUUUCCAAAAUAUAAGAUAACAAAUACAUACAGCAACAGUGUUUUGGGUUGCGUAGGCUCCUAUGACGUAAGUAAUGGACCCCGCCUGCUAGCCUGCUCCCUAAAAUAUCACUGGUUUGCUCAUUUCUUUAUAUAGCUCAACAAUUACUUUGAUAAAAUACAUAUUUUGUUAUGUGCAAAUGGCUUUAGAUACCUAUUAGGUCCAUAAAUUACCAUAUACCAUAUAUGCAACUGAAAAAAACAGUUACAAUUUGUUGUUGACAAAGGACAGCUGGACAUAUAAAGGGCCCCAUUACCUUCAGUAGCUUAGGGCCUCUUCAAACCUAAAUCUGGCCCUGCUCCUGCUGCUAAACAAAGACAUGUAACUUCCCCAGCGGCUUUCUUCCCCAGACCGCAUUGCUCUUGGCAGCUCUGACUGCUAGAGUCCACUUAAGGACUGUUUCUAGCAUUGGGUCAUUUCCUCUUCCACUCAAGGCCAUUUGGAGCCAUCCAAGGGACAAAAGCCCCAACAUUCCCCCCUCACCAAAUCCAACAGGCACUGAAACCUCCUGUUUCGAUUCAGCUGUCUUGUCCCUGAAAUAAAAAAAAAAGGUCUUAUAUGUAUAAUAAAUGUUCAUAAAUGUACGAAGCAAACACGUACAUAAAUAUAUAAACCACAUGUCUGAAGCAGCACAGGAAAACAGCCCUGGAACCAUUUUGACUCUCAAACUGACCAAAUGUUUUCUCUGCAAGUUUGAAGGAAAUGGAAAAGUCUCCCCAUUGUCUUUUCAUUCACAAAUCCUGUCUUAAGGGUAUGUCUGUGUAUGAAUAGGGUGAGCCUGUGACCUGGCUCAGGAACUAAGUAUUUGUCAUUACAAAAGACUGGCCAUGCUUCCCAGGGUAUCCAAUCAAGUGACCCUUAACAGGUCUGCCAGAAAGGAGAUAAACAAUGCACUCAGAUUUCUGUUGUAGACCGCCCCUUCUGUGAUGUAGGUAUGGUGUAUCUGGGGGGGUGGUCUUGAGCUACACCCCUUCUGUGAUGUAUGUAUGAUGUUUCUGGGGGUGGUCUUGGACUCCAGGGCGGCCAAUUUAAAACGCCUAUAUAAGGGAGGGGAGCACCCUGUUGCAACAGUUCAACAAAGAUCAGGCUUAUGAGCUGCUUUGCUUCUCAAUAUUCUCUGGCUGGCCUCUGUUAUCUUCUCCGACCAAUGGAGAACCUGCAAAGGACUCUGUAAGGGCUUAUGUCCCCCAUGAGGGAAUAAGGGCAGAUUUUCGUUUAUUACAUCCCCUUUCUCCUGGCACCCCCUGAAAGUAUCAAUCCAGCAGUCAUCCACUGCUCUUCUGGCUUCUCCCUGAGCACAAAGGAAGCUGCUGCCUCUUCCAUGGGUAGACAGACCAGCAUCUACUGCCUUCCUCACAGGUGCUGGCCCCUCUCCCAUUUCCUCAGGCACAACUUCCAACUCAUUGGGAGCCAACUAUUCCCCCACUCCAGCCAGCUCAUACUUGUCUCCAUUGCAUUCAGCUGUAGGCUGCAACUCCUCACAGUCCAAGCCCUUCAACUGCCCACCCACAUUCUGGAUCUUUCUGGCCACCCUGGGCGGUCUGGCAGCUAGGCUCCCGGAUCACUCCCUGACCCUUGUAGCAUCUCACCACCCAGCGGUGCACUCUCCUCACAUGUGGUAUAGAAUUCAACUGGUAGCAAUUCUUGCUCUUUGGCACUUCCAUUUUCUCUUCUUCUUCCACCGCUGGCUGCUGGAAUGGAGUCACGUUUUUGCUGUGCAAGGAGACUUCUCCCCCACUAUAUCACCAGCUGCCUCUUUCAUCAAAUCACUGCUCCUGGUGCUUUUCCAGCCUAACUCAAACGACUCAAAAGGUGUUACUGUUUUUCCCCUCCAUUGUUACUUCAGGUGGACGUUGCACCUACGUCAGGGGUAGGCAACCUAAGGCCCGGGGGCCAGAUGUGGCCCAAUCGCCUUCUAAAUCCGGCAUGCGGAUGGUCUGGGAAUCAGCGUGUUUUUACAUGAGUAGAUUGCGUCCUUUUAUUUAAAAUGCAUCUCUGGGUUAUUUGCGGUGCCUAGGAAUUUGUUCAUUUUUUUUAUUUCAAAAUAUAGUCUGGCCCACCACAUGGUCUGAGGGACGGUGGACCAGCCCACGGCUGAAAAAGGUUGCUGACCCCUAGCCUCUCCAGAAGCACAGGUCCCACCAGUGUUAUAAAAGUUAGACACCACCCCCACUCUCUGCUGAGCAGUAGGAAGAUUCCAGGGGGUUUCAGACACUCACCCAGGGUUUGUGCCCCUUUGGAGAAUUGAAAUGUGGAGAAGACUGUCAUAGCUUUAAGAAAAAUGAUAUAUUCACAUAUUUACACCUUCAGUCUGCAUGGAGUCCAGAUCUUACAGUAUGGUCAUCUCAAGCAGGGCUUGUUCCCACAGCAGUACAGCACCAGUCAAAGGCAUCUCUCCAUGUCAGAUAAAAUCCUACCAUUUGCUAAUUUCUAGGGUUAAGGGAGGCUCCCUUUUCAAAUCUAUAAAACCAUGCUCCCCUGGUCCCUCCCUGGUACAGUAUAUAGGCCUAGUUUAACAGAUUGGAGGAAUUUAGAUAAUAGGCUGGUCAUAAUUAAUAGGCUGAUGACAGAAUUAGCUUCAUUUUGUUCACACUGUGUUAUUUUGCUAAAGACUCUUUCACUGCUGCUUUGUGCUGUAGUCAAGACUGCUGUUUAAUAAAAGCAGCUAGCUUCCCUCCACUUGUGUUGUUAUUGCCACUGAAUCCAAAAUAACUCUUCACCUUUGGCCAAACAUUUUGAAACUUUGGAAAAAACUUUGAAUGGUUAACUUAUUAACUAUGUUUAAACAGAAACUAAGGCUCGAAUGCUGUUUAAAAGAGAAAAAGGCUCCUUUUCUAUAGAAGUGAAAGCAAUCAAACUGGAAUGACUGGAAAAUAUAAAUAUAUUGAAGGUACCCAGGGGUUGGGACAUGAUAUUUACAAGAAAAUAUCCACUUUAAUGUACCUCAUCAUUUACUUGUUUAAAAUAAGUUUGAUUUUUAUGCUUAUGAUUUUCUCUAUACCUAUAGUAGCGCUGGAGUGCCCUCUACUGUUAAAAGAGGACACACACCAGGGUGUAAGUUCUAAAGCAGGGGUCAGCAACCGUUUUUAGCCGUGGGCCGGUUCACCAUCCCUCAGACCAUGUGGUGGGCUGGACUAUAUUUUUUUGUGGGGCGUAGGAAUUCGUUCAUUUUUUAAAUUUUUUUCAAAAUAUAGUCUGGCCCCCCACACGGUCUGAGGGACAGUGGACCGGCCCCCUGCUGAAAAAGUUUGCUGACCCCUGUUCUAAAGGUUUUGGGUUAAUUAAAAAACAUGGAAAGCUUAGAUUGGCAAAGGACACUAUUGCUUAAUGGCCAAAAUGAGCUACAGAUAUUAAUGUAAUUUCUUUAACUGUGAAGGGGUUGGGAGAUCCAAUAAAAUGCACCAGAAUGGCAACUUAUUUGUUCAAAAUGGAUCCAUAUAUAGCCUUUUUUGCAAGAAACCCAUAAAACAGAUAGGGAAAAAAAUUGUUUAACAGUAAUGGGUAGGCCAAAAGUUUAUGGCAAGUGGCUCCAACAGAGGUAGAGGGGUGGCCCUUAUUUAUGGCUGCCAUAUGUCCAGAUUUCCCCAGACAUAGGAGGAAUUCAGCCCUCAUUAACAGCAUCUGGCAGAAAUCACUGAAGUGUCUGGGAAAAUCCAGAUGUAUGGCAACCCAUGUCAGCAGUGUCACUUUUGGUGAUAUUCCUUUAAAAUAGCUGAAAAACUUCCCAAAAAUUAUUGCGAAUUUGCUCAACGUGUUUCCAUAUUUUCAUUUUGAAAUAUAGCAACCCUACCUUAUUAAUACAUUCAUUAUUUAAAUUUCAGUCUACAAAACGAUUGAGAGAUUAAAAUGGAAGAUACGUUUUUGUUCAAGACAUUAUUAAUGAAACACAAAAUACCACAUUGGCACUUAUUUAUGCAAAUUACCCUUUCUGCAAAACAAAAAACAAAACAAAAACCUCUGGCCAAACUGAAAAAAACUGAACUGUGUGGGAAAGGUGUUUUCUUAACCCGGAACUCUGGAAAAGGCUGGCUACAGUGGUACCUCAGUUUAAGAACAGCCCUGUUUACGAACUAUUCGGUAUAUGAACUCCACAAAACCGGAAAUAGUGUCCCAGUUUGAAAACUUUACCUCGGUCUAAGAACGGAAGCUAAACAGUGGAAGGGCACUGGCAGCAGGAGGCCUCAUUAGGGAAAGUGCUCCUUUGUUUAAGAACGGCUUUGGUUUAAGAAAGAAUUCCCGGAAUGGAUUAAGUUCGUAAACCGAGGUACCAGUGUACUGGAAAGUGGGAAAACUCUAAUGUUCUGCUUGAAGACUCUGCAGGAGCUGUGCAUACUCUGCUGAUCACACUGGUCAAAGUUUAGUAUAGUAUCAACAACAGAUGGUAAGCCCCGUAUAACAAAUUAUGGGCCAACUGACUCAGUAGUACUAACAAGCAGUAAUUUCACACACAUGUACAGUGGUACCUCAAGUUAAGAACUUAAUUCAUUCUGGAGGUCCGUUCUUAACCUGAAACUGUUCUUAUCCUGAGGUACCACUUUAGGUAAUGGGGCCUCCUGCUGCCACCACACGAUUUCUGUUCUCAUCCUGAAGCAAAGUUCUUAACCUGAGGUACUAUUUCUGGGUUAGUGGAGUCAGUUAGUAGGACCUCAGGUUAAGAACUUUGUUUCAGGAUGAGAACAGAAAUUGCACGGCAGCGGGAGGCCCCAUUAGCUAAAGUGGUGUCUCAGGUUAAAAACAGUUUCAGGUUAAGAACAGACCUCCAGAACGAAUUAAGUUCUUAACCCGAGGUACCACUGUACCUCAAAGACCACAUCUCCCUAUAUAAACUGACCCGGAUGCUGCAAUCAUCAUCCAAGGCCCUUCUUUGUGUUCCUCCUUUGCGAGAGACCCAGAGAGUGGCAACAUGAGAAUGGGCAUUUUUUGCGGGGGGCCCCACCUUGUGAAAUGCUCUCCCCAGGGAAGCUUGCCUAGCACCUUUGCUACAUACCUUUGGGCACCAGGUAAAAAUGUUUCUCUAUAACCAGGCCUUUGGCUGAUUGAACAUUCGAUGGGCUUUUAAAUGUGUUCACAGAACUAGAAUUCCCAUCAGGCCCAGCAAGUAUGGCCAAUUGCCAGGGAUGAUGGGAAUGUGUAGUUCAGCUGAUCAGCAGUGGCUCUCCAGGGUUUCAGGCAGGGGGCACACCAGAAAUGCCAGGGAUUGAACUUGGGACCUUCUGCAGGUAAUAAUGUGGGUUAAACCACAGAGCCUACGACUUGCUGAUCAGAAGGUCGGCAGUUUGAAUCCCUGCGACGGGGUGAGCUCCCGUUGCUCAGUCCCUGCUCCUGCCAACCUAGCAGUUCGAAAGACAUCAAAGUGCAAGUAGAUAAAUAGGUACCGCUCCGGCGGGAAGGUAAACGGUAUUUCCGUGCGCUGCUCUGGUUCGCCAGAAGUGGCUUAGUCAUGCUGGCCACAUGACCCGGAAGCUGUACGUCGGCUCCCUCGGCCAAUAAAGCAAGAUGAGCGCCACAACCCCAGAGUCGGCCAUGACUGGACCUAAUGGUCAGGGUCCUUACUACUGAGCUAUAGCCUAUAAGAACAUGACAGGUCUGCUGGACCACACCAGUGGCCCAUCUACUCCAGCAUCCUGUUCUUACAAUGACCGAACAGAUGUCUUGCCAGGAAACUGGCAAGCAGGACCCAAGUGUAAGAGCACCCCCCCGCUUGUGAUUUCCAGCAACUGGUGUUCAAAAGCACUACUACCUCCAACCACCAUGAUUAGUAGCCAUCAACAGCCUUCCCCUAAGUGGCAUGCCCUAACUCUGCAAAAGGUCAGGCUGCAGAACUGCUGCUCUUUCUUAUCUCCAGAAGGAUAUUGGUUCAGGAUAUAAAACCUAGCAUAAACAGCCUUUGAAGAUGGUUCUGCAAUCUGGGAUUGUGUCUGCAUAUUUCACAAUUCCCUGCACAUGGGAUUCCAUGCUUGUUUCCCUUGAAGUUUCACCUGCGAGAGGUCAGCCCAUCUCAGACAGGGGGAUCAGUUUCUUGAUGUGAACAGCCUUCUAAUCCUGUCCCACUUUGUGAAUUACAAUUAAUUUUUAUUUCAGUCUUUCCCCCGCCUCCUGCUGUGCUGGAGGCAUGUUUAUUUAAUCUUCCCUUGGGAAGAGAAAGGGGGGGGGGGAAAGAAACUUAAAUUAGGAUGGGGCUUCAGAAAAGGAAUGGAUGGAAGCAAUUAGUAAUAUUAUUUCUCCUUGACUUAAUCUGCAUAACAUUACAUCAGAAUAAAUAAAUUGGUGCACCAUUCUGGGGAAGGGGUAUUUGCAAGUGAGGCUUGUUAAUGGAAAGAGAUGCGGUGGAGGGGUGGGGUUAGAGUCCCAAUGCAUAAAAUAUCCCCCCCCUAUUAUAUCAUUACCCUUAUUUCCUCUUAUGAGUCCAUGGCCUUUAAUGAUUUAUUUAUUCUGCCUGUAAUGUCUUAGAGGGCGCAGUGUGCAUCAAAAGCCAGUAAGACGCUAAGAACCACCUGGCUGGAUCAGACCACGCAGUAGUGUCAUCUGGGCCACAAUCACACCAUACCAUUAAAGCCUGUGGUACCACUUUAAACUCUCAUGGUCCAAAUGAAUCCUGGGUCCAGGAAUCUGGUGCUGAGAGCCAUUAGAAAAACCUUCUUCCCCUCCCAGAGCUGCAAUUAAUUUCCAGAGUUCCCUGGGAUUGAUCACUAAGCCACGUUACAGAUUUCACCUCUUCGUCUUUGGUCUCCCAAUCUAAUAAUAUGUUACACAUCUUUUUUAAAAGCUUAGUGUUUUCGUCUACAAUUUCUUUUUGGAAUCUAGAUACCGUGUAACUAAACCCCUUUUUAUUUAUUUUUAUUAUGCUCAAGUGGGCACAAGGUUUAGGACAUAACAUACAAAUGAAGGACUGGGAGAAAUUAUGGAGAGUGAAUCUGAAAUUUACUGAUUGUACUUUGUUAAAAGAGAAUUAUAUGAAAAUGAUGUACGAUCGUAUAUUACACCUUUGAAAAUGGCUAAAAUGUAUAAAACCGGCACCGAUAAGUGUUGGAAGUGUAAAGAAAAGGAAGGCACCUUUUUUCAUUCAUGGUGGAAUUGUAAAAUAAUUAAAAAUUACUGGGAAAUGAUAUAUAAUGAAAUGAAAAAAAAUGUUUAAGAUAACUUUUGUUAAGAAUCCAUAAGCUUUUUCGUUAGGUAUUUUAGGUCAAGAAUUGCCAAAAGUGAAACAAAAAUUCUUUAUGUAUGCUACAACUGCGGCAAGGAUGUUAUUAGCACAAAGAUGGAAAAGCGAUAAAGUAUGAACUAAAGAAGAAUGGCAAGAGAAACUUAUGGAAUAUGCCGAAAUGGCAAAACUAACUGAAAGACUCUGAAAUAAGGAAAACAGGGAUUUUUUAAAAGAUUGGGAACCAUUUACAGCAUAUUUACAGAAACAAGGCAAAGAAUUGGACAUACUAUCAGGCUUUGAAUAUACACUGACAAUUAACAAAAUAAAUAUAGUAAUUAUAAAUAUGACGUUAAUAUGAGAACAGAACAAUAAGAAUAGGAUUUAAAGAUACCAAAAAGUUGAGAAAAAAGUAGAAUAAGCAGGAAAAGAUAUUAUAUUAAAAUUAACCAGAAGAGGAAGUUGAGGGAAGUCGCACGGAGGAAGGGGGAAACUGGGGAAUGAUUUUAUUGUUAUAUAAUGUGAUAUUUUGAUGUUUAUAAAUGUAAAACCCUAUAAAAAAAAUCAUUAAGCCACUCUGGGAAUUGUAGCUCUGGGAGGGAUAUAGGAGUCCCCUAAGAACUGCCAGCACCCUUCACAAACCACAGUUCCCAGAAUUCUUUGGGGGAACUGAGCACCAGAUGUAUGGUAUGAAUAUGGCAUACCUCUUUGACUUGAACAUUGGGCUAGUGUUGUGGUGCAGGAGUGCAGAACUUUUGCCCUCCGGAUAUUGGUGGAUUAGAAAUGUUUCCAUUUCCAUUUCAUACUGAUUAUCGAUGACUAUGAGCCGCAGUGGCUAUGACAGUGACUCCUCCAUUGCACUGCCAGAGGCCACAUGCCUCCGAAUUCGCUGAGAUUCACAAGUGGAGAGUGUUAUGUAUUGAAGUUCUCACCCUGGCCACCAGGAGUAUCGUGUAGAUAGUUUUCACUCAGGUCCACGUCAGUUAUUUUAGGCGGGAAACCCUGGGAUGUUGUUGCUACAAUGUUGACAUCCGGCUGCCUAUAAAAGCAGGCUGGCUGAGCUGUUUGCUGUUCAGUUCUGUUCUGGCUUGCGAAUAAACAAGAGCUGUUUGAAGAAUCGCUGUGUCGUCUGAUAUGUUCACCCACAACUUAACAGAGAGAGUGCUAGAGUGCCAGGGCUGGCCAAAUACAUUUUGCAGCCCGAGGCAAACCAUAAAAUGGCGCCCCCUUGCCCUGCCUUUCUCACUUUUACUAAAAACAAACAUUUGACUACCUGGGAGCUGAAGAGGCGCUUUUUGAGCUCUUUCCAUCAACCUGCAGCCUGGGACGUUUGGGCAGAUGGAGAUGCUUGGCACCGCCCACAGCUGUGGCUACUUCAAGGCUCCCCUCCAACUGCCCAUGGUGUUUGAAAAAGAACAGCACUGUCUCCUCCCGCCCCCUAAUAAUAAAUAAAUAAAUAAAUAAAUAAAUAAAUAAAGAGGACAGUUUGACUUCCCAAUUCUGAUUAAAAAUACCCCCAUUGCAAACCCAUCACAUCUGCCAACCACCUCCCACAGGCCCCCAGUCAAGGAUGCAGCCCUGGGAGCAUGAGGCAGGGUCAGCCUGAGCAAAAAGUAAAAGCAUGUAUAGGAUUGCAGCCUAAAGAUUUUCUAGGAAUUACCGGUAGUUUAGCAUAGGCCUCUGUUGCUUGGCCCUGAACAUCAACCUCCUUAUAAGGAAAGCAAGCUGAUUUCCAGGCUGAUUAUGCAGCUGCUAAUUCCCCUACCCAAGGACACUUUUUAAUGCUAGGCAAAAAGAAAAAAGCAAUCAACACAACAGCCAAAAGGGAGAUCCUGCAAGAGAUUACCGCCUCGUAGAAUUGUAGAGUUUGAAUGAAUCCAAAGGUCAUCUAUUCCAGCCCCCUGCACUGCAAGAACCACAGCUAUGAUUUGUAGAUUUACUGCAGCAUGCAAUUUAUGGCUAUAAUCCAGUGCACCCAUCCUUGGAUGUGUGCCUUGUAAUUAUUACUAUCAUUUUAUUAUCCCAAAGGGUAGCAGUGUUGUGCUAUAGCAGAAAACAACCAUGCAAAAGUCCCACGAUGACACAUUAAAGACUUCACAAAUUUAUACUGUAAUAUUUAUUGAUAAAAUUUCAAAUCACUCAAGGGAAUCAAUGUAUGUAUUUUAAGGGUGCAGAGCAAGGUCCAUUGAGCUCAUUUGCAUCUACUUCAGAGUAAGAGCAGUUUCCUUUAUUUUCAUGGAAUCCUGAAAGUCCUUACCUGGGAGUAAAUGUCACUGAAUUUAGAAGGGGUUGGUUCAAAGUUGGCAUAGUUAGGUAUGAACUGCCCCUCUCGCUGCUGCAUCUCUCUUCCCUGAGAGAGGGAAAUGUCAAGGCUGUGAAAGAGAUGCAGCAAGAGAGAGAGAGAGGUGGAUGACAGAAAAGGCCCUGAAACCUGUCAGGCACCUCUCUCAAGGCUGUGGCCUUGGUACCUCAUCAGUGCGUCAGGUGUGUAAUGUGCUGAUUGGCCACAGUGGUAACAGUGAUGCAACAGGACUCUUCUUAUGUUCUUAUCCCACAGCAGGGGUAGGCACACUAAGGCCUGGGGCUUGGAUGCAGCCCAAUCACCUUCUCAAUCCAGCCCACGGACGGUCCGGGAAUCAGCGUGUUUUUACGUGAGUAGAAUGCAUCCUUUUAUUUAAAAUGCACCUCUGGGUUCUUUGUGGGGCCUGCCUGGUGUUUUUACAUGAGCAGAAUGUGUGCUUUUAUUUAAAAUGCAUCUCUGGGUUAUUUGUGGGCAUAGGAAUUCGUUCAUUUAUUUAUUUUUUCAAAAUACAGUCCGGCCCACCACAUGGUCUGAGGGACGGUGGACCAGCCCAAGGCUGAAAAAGGUUGCUGACCCCUGUCCUAGAGGAUCAUAUGUAACAUGAGAGAAUCCUACCUCUUCUAGGUUAUGGGGGGCAUUGAAGGUGAUGUGUCUGAGGACUGAGGGCCACAAUCAAUCAAUAAUAAAUCAAUGGAGACAUUGCACACACUUUUGUAAAUCAAGAAAAUCUUUAAUAAAAUAAUAAUACAGUGGUACCUCGGGUUACAUACGCUUCAGGUUACAUACGCUUCAGGUUACAAACUCUGCUAACCCAGAAAUAGUGCUUCAGGUUAAGAACUUUGCUUCAGGAUGAGAACAGAAAUUGUGCUCCGGCGGCACGGCAGCAGCAGGAUACCCCAUUAGCUAAAGUGGUACUUCAGGUUAAGAACAGUUUCAGGUUAAGUACGGACCUCUGGAACGAAUUAAGUACUUAACCCAAGGUACCACUGUAAUAACAACAAUAAUAUGAGAAAUGUGAAAUUUUAUGUUCUGUCAGUAGAUGGCAGUAGCGACAGCUACUUGAUUAAAAACAAAACAAAAAAACCUUAGGUUGUGUUGUAUGCAUUACCUGUGCCUAUCUCUGGUGUUUCAAGCUGAGUCCACAUGACAUUAGUCACAAUCCAUAUGCAUCCAGCAGUUCCUUCAGAAAUACUGUUGUUUUAUGCAUUUCCCCCACGAACCCACCUUCCAUCUGAUUUGAAAACCUGAGCCAUGCUUAAGUUGAGGUGCGUAAGUUUCAAACACCCAUUGUACAUGCCCAGAUGACAGCUUUGUUGAAUAAAAUAAAUAAAAUUCAUUAUUAUUAUUAUUAUUAUAAGAAUUUGGGGAGUGGAGGGGUCGCAGGUGUAUGGAAAGGAUCAGGUAAUGUGUAUUGGGUGAAGACAUCUCCACCCCCUCCACCACCCCUUGUGUCAAAGCACAGCCCUCAGGGCCUUUUUUUGGUAACCCCUGGCAACAUUUGAUGUCCUCCACCAGCCCUCCUAGCCCUUGUGCUGCCUUCCCAAAGCCAGGUAAGCGAGGCACUGGGCUUUGGGAAGGAGAUGGAAGGGCUCUAGGACCCUGCCAGAACUUAAUGUCUCAUUCCCAAAGCGACAAGGCAGCCUGCAAGUUCCCUGUCAAAGUACCGUAUUUUUCACUCUGUAACACGCACCCGACCAUUACACGCAUGUAGUUUUUAGAGGAGAAAAAUCCGUAGGCAUGCCACCCGUAGGCAUUUCCUCCAUAACACGCACAGACAUUUCCCCUUAUUUUCUAGGAGGAAAAAAGUGAGUGUUAUGGUGCAAAAAAUACGGUACUCUUGCAGCCCACUUGCUAUGAAAAGUUGGACCACCCUGUUCUAGAGCAAAGCAGCAGCUCUAUCUUUUCAAGGCCUUGGGAGUGGGAUAUAGGAGUUUGUGGGAGCACCAUAUGGAAGGGCUUUUCUUUGGCCUUCCUAUAUGUGUGGUUUUGUUCUUUUAAAAUUGUUGCACUUGAUGAUCAGUCUAUUAGGCCAUUUUAUUGUACAGUGGUACCUUGGGUUAGAAGAGACUCUGGUGGCGCUGUGGGUUAAACCACAGAGCCUAGGACUUGCCAAUCAGAAGGUCGGCAGUUCGAAUCCCCGUGACGGAGUGAACUCCUGUCGCUCGGUCCCUGCUCCUGCCAACCUAGCAGUUCGAAAGCAUGUCAAAGUGCAAGUAGAUAAAUAGGUAAACGGCGUUUCCGUGCGCUGCUUUGGUUCUCCAGAAGCGGCUUACUCAUGCCGGCCACAUGACCUGGAAGCUGUACGCCGGCUCCCUUGGCCAAUAAAGCGAGAUGAGCGCCGCAAACCCAGAGUCGGUCACGACUGGACCUAAUGGUCAGGGGUCCCUUUACCUUUACCUUGGGUUAAGUACUUAAUUCGUUCCGGAGGUCCAUUCUUAACCUGAAACUUCUUAACCUGAAGCACCACUUUAGCUAAUGGUGCUUCCCGCUGCUGCCACGCCACCAGAGCACGAUUUCUGUUCUCAUCCGGAAGCAAAGUUUUUAACCCGAGGUAAUAUUUCUGCGUUAGCGGAGUCUGUAACCUGAAGCGAAUGUAACCUGAAGCGUAUGUAACUUGAGGUACCACUGUACUCCAUUCUGUAGUUUGUUGUUUUAAUAUGUAGUUCACUGCUUUGGGGGACUUGUGGGGUGUUGAAAAGCAAUAUAUGAAUAAAUUAUUGUGGUGGUAGUAGUAGGUAGUAGUAGUAGUAGUAGUAGUAGUAAAUCUACUAUGUAUUUUGGAAAGUUGUUUAUUUGUCUGAUGGCUAUGCACGCAAACACCUCUUGAAAGAUCGCAAGCAAAUUUGCACAUUGGUCCUUGACAUUGAGGAGUGGCUUUAAGUCUAUAUUUGGGUACAAUUGGACAUUAGAGUGUUUCCCAUUUAGAGGGUUCAAAGCACCUGACCCAUCCCUCUUUCAUAAAACCAGAACUUGUGAAUAUUCAAUGAAACUGAAUGUUAGACAGAUAGCCAUGACUAUGUUCUGCUUCCAAUCUUCUGAAUAUCAUUGCUGGAAACCACAGGAGGGAAGAGUGCUGUUGUCCUACUUGCAAGUUUCCUGCAGGUGCCUGGCUGGCGCCACUGUGAGAACAGUAUUCUGGACUAGAUGGGGCCAUUGGCCUACUGAGGCAGAGCUCUUAUUAUGUUCUUCUUAUUUCAGUAACCUAACAGCUUUGCAAGGCAGGGCGGUAUUAUUAUAAUUCCCCACAUUGCUAGUUAUGGGGUGGGGGUCUGAGGAAAUGGAUUGAUUUCGUAAAGCCACCCAAUAAAUUCAUCAUGACUGACAUGAGUUUAACAUAAUGCCCUAAGUGAAAAAAUAGCAGCACUACUUUUCCUUCACAAAGCCCAGCAUGUUUUUCAGUUGUGUAUGUUUGGGCAAAUUAUAUUUUCCUUUGCCAUUUCUAGAAAAUCAGUAUCUUGAAAGAACACUCUACCAAAUAAAAAAUAAAAAGUCACCAACCGUCUGUGAAAGGGUGUCACUUCUGGGACUUGAGCAACACAAUAUUCUCUUCAAGGUUAUGAAGCCUGGGAGGUUUUGAUAAGCAAAUGCUGUGGAGGGGUUUAGUUCCUCAUUGGCUGCCUGGUUCACCACCAGAUUUUGACAUGAGUAUAAUCAGAUUGAAAAAUCAGGGAGGAGAAUGAGGUAAAGUGAAGAAGGGGAAGAAAGAGGGAGAUGUGUCUAACUUCAGCUGCUACAAGACUGUGGAAAAGUCAUAGAGAAGGAAACUUCACUGUGAGGAUCGUCCCUGAGGAAAAAAACAAGUCUACUUUCAGCAAUUCUGCAAUAACAGGUAAUUUCCACCCUUCACUAAUAAUAAUAAUAAUUUUUUUAAGGAUUGUAUCCAAAGUUUUACAAGUAGCCCCCUGAAAUUAAUGGGCCUAAGUCAUGUCCAUAUUUUUCAGAGGAUCUACUCUAAGUAGGACCAACACUGAGUAGGACCUACAGUUCACUUCUAAGAGCUAGGUUAAAGCUUGUAUUGAUGUAAUAGAAACCAAAUCUUCUGAAAAGCUGUGCUGGAAGAGGGUUGCAGAUAGAAGUUACUAUAUGGUGGGGGUUUUUAAGUUAUGGGUGAGAGCUAAUGUUGGUCAUACUCAGAGUAGACCCCAUUGAAAUCUAUGGAAUUAAGUAACUUGCAGCAUAAUCUUAACCAUGUCUUCUUAGUAAAAAAAGCCCCACUGAGUAGGGCCAUGCGCGGCUUCCCUUGCAUUGGAUUCAGAAGCUGCAAUUACUGCAGAAAGCCGCAGCGCUGAGACCCUCUCAGCAUACAACACCUCUGCUCAGAGACCGGCACUGGUUGCCAGUUUGAUACCAGUCCAAGUUCAAGGUGUUGCCAUUAAGUAUAUAAAACUCAGAACAACUUGGAACCAGUUUACCUGCAAGAUGACUUUACCCCAUAUAUGCCCACUCAACCGCUUCGAUCUGCAGAACUGGCCCAUAAUACUCAUUCCACACUUGUAGGAAUUCAAUACUUUUGUGUGGCUGCAUCCACACUUUGGAACACCCUGCCAGCUGACCUCAGGUAGGUGCCCUCAGUGUACUCUGGAAAGAACCUGCAUUAAAACAUUUUUGUUUGGGCAAGCCUAUUCAGACAUGUAGAAAGCUGACAUGUAUCUUAAUCUAGGUGGUUUUUUUUUUAAGCUUAACCUGUUUUUAACAUGAUCUCUUUUUUUACUGGUAAUUAUAUUAUUUUAUUCUUUUUCUAAACUGCUUUGAGAUUUUAUUACAAUCAAGAGGUGUGUAAAUCUUGUGACAUUAAAUAAAUACCAAAUUCAAUAAGGCUGACUCCCAGGUAAGUGGGGUUACUCUACAAUUCUAUGAUUCUAUAAUUCUACACUGGGUUAAAUCUACCUUCAAUCCUACUCAAGAGGAGACCUAUUGACAUUAAUGAGCACAACUAACUUAGGUAACUCUGAGGAGGACUUCGUAGGUUCCAAGCCAUAGAUUUCAAUGGGUCCGCCCUGUGUACAGAAUUGGUGUAGUAUAGAGUUUCAGAUUAGAACCUGGGAGAGACCAGGGUUCAAAUCCCGACUUAGCCAUUAAGUUCAAUAGGUGUGACCUUGGGUUGGUCACUGCCUCCCAGCCUAACCUACCUCACAGGGUUGUUGUGGGCGUUAAAUUAAGAGUGGGAGAAGAACUGUGUAGGCUACCUUGAGCAAAUUGGAGAAAAGGUGUGAAAUAAAUGCAAUAAAUUUAGUUGGGACUUUACCCAACUGUCCCAAGAUGUUCCUGGCCAGGGUUAAGCCUUGUUAGCACAGGAGAAAUAAGGUUGAUCCUUCAUUUAAAUAAAUAACCUAAUAUCCCUGAGUUUUACUGCUUGGGAAAAACCAUGAAAUAACAAAAGAAUUAAUGGAAAGCAUUGCAAGGAGUUGGACUUGAUGUCCCCUUGGUCUAUUCCAACUCUAUAAUUCUAUGAUUUUAAAAGCCAUAUUACGGAAUUAUUGGGAAACAAUGCUGGACUGCUAGGAUGGUACUGGGAAGCACAAUCCCUUCUUACAGUGUCAGGAAAGCAGGUAAAGAAUUGCAACCCUGACCUACUGUAAAGAAAUUUGGAAGAGAAUUAAGGCUGCACUCCUUUAGUCAACAGCUGUGAAUAAUCCCCACUGAACAGUUUUCAGUCAGAAGAUUUCAGUGCAAAAGGAAAAGGUCCUCUCUCUGCUCAUUUUAUAUUGGUUAUAAAUUCUAUUUUCAGUUGUUGUUUUGUGCAUACUGCUUUUAAAACCAUUUUACUUUUAAAUAUUUUUUAAAAAACUUUUUUAUGAUGUGACUGUGUAAAUAGCCUUGAGACAUAGGUGUGAAAGGCAAUCUAAUAAUAAUAAUAAUAAUAAUAAUAAUAAUAAUAGGUCUCAAACUUUUUUAUCUGGGCCGUAAUUUCAUAAUAAAUAUUUGUUCAUAACACACCUUUUUUUUAACUGAUAAGAAAUAAAUAGGAAAGCAAAAAUAAACAACAACUGAUUUAUAACGAGGAAAUAGCUAUCCGUAUUCUGCAAAUAAAAAGGUUAUGUUGAAACUAUACUAUACUACACUGAAAUGUUUAGAUGUUUCUUUGAUGGUUCUUGAAUCUUCCCAGCACACUUGCUCUCCUCUCCUGCCAAACCAGGACUUAGCAACACUAAAUUUUGUUGCUUAUCAUACCAUAGAUGACCUCCUGUCACCGAUAAAUUCUCAAUUAUGUGCUAUGAUGUUGUAGUAUCUUUUCUCUCUCAAAAAACCACACUCGCCCACAAUCUGUGCUUCUUGUCUUUCUCACACUUUGGGUGGGGGACAGCCAGAAUUGUGAGUUGCUAGGCCAAUUGCUAGAGAGGACAAAAAGGUGCCUUUGAGUACCAUUGUCUCAGCCUAACCUACCUGACCGGGUUGUUGAGAGGAUAUAAUGGAAGAAGGAGUUGGGGGAAGAAACAACCAUGUAUGCCACAUUGAGAUCCUUGGAUGAAAGAUGAGCUAUAAAUAUAAUAAGUACAGUGGUACCUCAGGUUACAUACGCUUCAGGUUACAUACGCUUCAGGUUACAGACUCUGCUAGCCCAGAAAUAGUACCUCGGGUUAAGAACUUUGCUUCAGGAUGAGAACAGAAAUCGUGCUCCAGCGGCAGCAGGAGGCCCCAUUAGCUAAAGUGGUGCUUCAGGUUAAGAACAGUUUCAGGUUAAAACAGACCUCCAGAAUGAAUUAAGUACUUAACCCGAGGUACCACUGUAUUUUUUUUUUAAAAAGCCAACAAAAAUUAACCAGAUGGGGCUGUUUCAAAAUGUUGUAUCCAAUGUCAAUUCCACUCAGAGUAGACCUAUGGAAAUCAUUGGACAUGACUGAUUUAGGUCUAUUCAUUCCAGUGGGUCUACUCUGAGUAGAAUGCAUAUUCACACCAUACAUUGCCAAAUUAAGCAGUCAUGGCUUCUGGGAGCUGGAGUUUGUUAACUUUCUAAGACUUGCUAGGAGACCCCAUUUCCUGUCCCAGAGCUACCGUUCCCAACCCCUCUUCCUAGGAAAUUAUGGAAAUUUUAUGUCUGAGGGGGGAAUACAACUCUCAGCACCCUUAACAAACUGCAGCUUCCAGCAUUUUGGGGGAGAAGCCACGAGUGUCUGAACUGGUGUAAAAGUGCUUUCAAUAUAUAAUGUGAACGAUGUAUAAGUUGGCUACAAUCCAUAUUGACUUGAGGGCAGUCAAAAUAUCUUUACAGUUAAACAGACCUGGGAGACAGGAGUGGUGGGAGCAGAGAAAAUCUUGAGAGCCUGGAUUGAGUACAUAUUUCCCAAGGCAAAAUAUAACAUUUGUUUGUACGGUUACUGAACGGAGCAACUGGAGGAGAAAAUGCAAACAACCAUGCAAAUGAGAGACUACUUGAUUGCCUUCCAGUAUGUUACCUUGAGGUUCUUCCAUGGAUUAUGUUACUUAUCACAAGGCAGCUGGGUUUAGCGGGGGGGAGAAGAGAUUUGCUUGUGCAUAUUUUAUGAGGUAUGUGGGAAAUAAGAGCUAUGCAGUGUCCAGGGAGGACAUUUGGAACUCCAGAAAAAGAGGGCACAGAUUUGUAUAAACUUUGCAUAUGGCUAAUGUUUAUGUACGGAUGCAAAAUUAGGAAUAAUUCCUGAAGUUUUCAAUAGACAAUAAUCUCUUGUGCCUAAAUUUGUGGCUCAUGUACUGUUAUUUGGCUCUUUGCACAGAGAUUCCUGUAAAGAAUUAAUCACUCCCUUAGUAGUAAGUCUCAAUCAGGGCAUAAUUCUGUGACCUUUCUCAAAAAGGAUGUUGCAGAGUUGGAAAAGGUUCAGGAAGGGCACACCUCUGUGAGGAAAUAUUGCAGCGACUGGGACUCUCUGGUUUGGAAAAAAGGCGAGUAACAGGUGACAGGAUGAAAGUUUAUAAAAAUAUGUAUGGCAAGGAGAAAGUGGACAGAGAAAAGUUUUUCUCCCUCUCUCAUAAAACUAGGAAUGCAGGGACAUCCAAAAAAGCUGAAUGUUGGCGGAUUCAGAACAGAUAAGAUAAAGUCCUUAUUCAUGCAGUGCGUAGUUAGACUAUAGAACCUUCUCCCACAGAAGGCAGAGAAGAGCGUUCAUUUGGAUGGCUGCCCUGUGGAGCAACCUCCGAUCAGAUGUCAAGGAAAUAAGCAACUAUCCUACUUUUAAAAGACAUCUGAAGGCAGCCCUGUUUAGGGAAGUUUUAAAUGUUUAAUGCGGUAUUGUUUUUUUAAAUAUUUGAUUGGGAGCCGCCCAGAGUGGCGAGGGAAACCUAGCCGGAUGGGCGAGGUAUAAAUAAUAAAUUAUUAUUGUUAUUAUUAUUGUUAUUGCUAUUGUUGUUAAACGAGCAUCAGACUAGCCACAGUGUCUAUGUUCUACUGCCUCUGUCAGAGCCAUCAUGCCUCUGAAUAAAAGUUACUUGGAAUCAAUCGCUGGAGAGGAAAGUGCUAUUGCACACAUGUUCACGUUGCAGGCUUGUAUUGUCCCCAGGCUAGUUCUUUUUCCCAGGGUUGGUUUUUCAUGAGUUCAGGUUGAGCAGAUGGGAGGCAACAUUAGUAGUAGUAGUAGUAGUAGCAGCAGCAGCAAAUAAAAUUUGCAUAACAUUAUGGAAUGCAUCAGGGGCUACUCUGUCACCCAUGGCAGUUUAUCCACACAUGUGGUUUUAAUUAUGAUCAGUGCUUUUUUCUGGGGGGGACACAGGGGUAGGCAUACCCCUAAGCAUUUUGUGAAUCUUAGUUUGGCCUCAUUGAGGGGCAGUAUUUCAAUACGAAUAGGAAAAUGAGAAUACCCCUAAACAUUUUUAAAGAAAAAAACACAUGAUGAUGAUGAUAAUGUGUAAUUCUGGUUUUACAAUGUUUUCUCCUAUCUUUCUGGAUCUGUUUUCCCCAGGUGAACAGGAAAUGCCAAGGUCUUUCUUAGUGAAGAGUAAGAAGGCAAACUCUUACCACCAGUACCGAGUUGUGGAUGACGGUCUCCUGGUUCCGAAAUGGGACCCAGCAACAGUUGUGCCCUCCACUGCAGGUGGGUCAGACAACUCUGGGUUGUCUAGGAACCACACUGGUUAUGCGAAAGCCUCCAGUGUUUAAUCAUAGUGACAUUAUAUUUGUUGGAUUUGUGGAUCACCUUCCAAUAAUAAUAAUAAUAAUAGUAAUAACAAUAAUUAUUAUUUAUAUGCCGCCCAUCUGACUGGGUUGCCUCAGCUGCUAAGGAUUGCAGCUUAGCAGCAGAGCAUCUGGUUCCCAUGCAGAUGGUCUCGAGUUUAAUAAAUAAAACUAUUGCCUGCAUUCUGAUCACAGUUAUUCAUGGCCACAACACCCCCAAGGACAGCGAGGCUCUCAGCACUGGUUGCCCACAAGGCUCUGCUCCAAAAGAUGGAAAUGAACCUAAAGGAGUCAAAGAAGAGUAUGUUCUCCCUGCCCAGAGUAUGACCAGAACAGUGUCAGGGCCUCCAAUAUCAGGUGAGCAGCUGCGGGUCACAGCACUUUAUUUGAAGCAGGCUGGGUAAGAAUCAGUGCUCUUUUUUGGUUUAAAAUAAAUUGUGUGUGUGUGUGUGUGUGUGUGUGUGAGAGAGAGAGAGAGAGAGAGAGAGAGAGAGAGAGAGAGGGGCUCCCAGAGCAGCAGCCAGACCACUGUUUAAAAAGACACAGCACAAAAGGAAAACUGAUUGGGAGGAGGAAAUAACCAAGCUCAGGGUCAAGUUCCCAGUUCAGCUUGAGUGGAAAGAUCUGAGAAGAGAAAGUGCUGAACUUGCCGGAUAGAGUGGCCAUGUACCCUUUGUCUUCCCUUUAGUAUGCAAGUCUAGGGUGCAGCUUCCAAUAUUCACAUACUUAGGCUGUGGUCCUGUACUCACUUGCCUGGGAGAAAGCCCCAGUGAGCUGCAAAGCCUGGGGGUCAGAAUGAAUCUGUGUAUGUGAUGCUCUGUUUAGCUGUACAUCAGCAUCGCCCAGUGGUCAAAUUUGCACCAUUGCUUUUAGGAUAUGUAGGAAGAAGUAUUGAUGGGAAAAUGAGUUUAAAACAGUCUUUCUGUCCUGCUGAUUUAAGCCCUUGCUUUGUACCUCGAGUGUUUUUCCCUGGCUGGAAUGUGCCCUUGUUUGCCUCGGUGGAGGAUGGAGAGGGUGUGUAUGCUUCUUUGCUCUACAAAGAUAAAAUUUACAUGUAUGCAGUACUUUUUUUCUAUAUAUUAAAAAAUGUUUAGAGGUACUCUCAUUUUGACUCAAGAAAAUCACCAUUUUAUAGUUCAAAUCAGGAAAAGUACCGUAUUUUUCGCUCUAUAAGACACACCAGACCACAAGACGCACCUAGCUUUUGGAGGAGGAAAACAAGAAAAAAAAUAUUCUGAAUCUCAGAAGCCAGAACAGCAAGAGGGAUCGCUGCGCAGUGAAAGCAGCAAUCCCUCUUGCAGUUCUGGCUUCUGGGAUAGCUGCACAGCCUGCAUUUGCUCCAUAAGACGCACACACAUUUCCCCUUACUUUUUAGGAGAGAAAAAGCGAGUCUUAUAGAGCAAAAAAUACAGUAAAUACAUUAAAUGGACAAAAGUACAAAGAUUCACAAAAUGUUUAGGGGUAUGCGUACCCCCAGGAAAAAAGCACUGCACAUAUGGCUCCAUCCACUUUUUCCUCAGGCCAUGCUUGCCACUGGCAUGUGGCCCUGGGAAGGUUGCCUAGAAGGGAUUGUGACCCUGGGGCUGAAAAAGGCUCCCUACAGCCCUGGAUGGUUAAAAAAAAAAAGUAAAUUACGAGCAGGCUGAUAAUCUGAUUCAUCCUAUUUCACCUCAGAGAUGCCUGUCCAAGCUCUGAAAUCCAAAGACAGUGGCUCAGUUGAAAGUGUGGCCACCUUUUACAAGCCCAAUUUUGCUUGGAGUGCCUUCCGCCCUCCAUACAGCUACAGGCCAACCUCUUCUACCCUUCUGGAACGUUCCGUUAGCCUGUAUGAGAGCCACCUCCUCCCAGCCUCCGAGCCACCCCUUGACUACAGCCUGAGAUUCUCACCAGACAUGGAGACAUACCACUGUGUGAUCUGUAACAAGGUGAGUUCCCCGUGGACCAUCGGUGAUAAAUCUGUGGCCCUUCUGAUGUUGGAUUACAACUUCCAUCAUCCUCGGCCAUACCUGCUGGGGCUGAUGGGAGUUUAUUUAAAUAUUUUACCCCCACCAUUCGGCCAAGAGAGGCUCCCAAGGAGGCUUACCGAUCAUUUAUCUAAACAGACAUGACACAAAAGGAAAAUGAAUUGGGAAGAAGGAGGAAAUAACCAAGCUUAGGAUCACAUUCACAGUUCCGAGCUCAUCUAACGACCAUCUGGGCUAGAAAGGUUUGAAGCUGGGCAUUUGGAAGGCCAAAAGUUCCCCAUUCUGAUCUAAGAAAAGGCAUUCCCCUCUCUCAUGAGAGAACAAAUAUAAGGGCCUAUUUCAUUGUAAGGAGAGAAUUCCACAAGGGUGGUUUGUUGUUGUUGUUGUUUUACAUCAUUGAAACAAACUGCUCAUUUACCAAUCUACAGGCUGACCAGAUAGGAAGCAAGCAGGCAGCAUAGUCUCCAUGGACCCAGCUGCCAUGAUAACCUAGAUGAUGCAUACAUAAUUCAUGCUGCUGAAUGGCUAAAAAAUAAAAUAAAUAAAUUUGCAGGUGUAAAGGAGGUCUAAUCUAGAGUGGGAACUUGGUAUGGUGGAUGGAAAAGGGCUUUAACCCUUUGCCUCCUGCUACAGGCUAAUGAGACUUGUUGUCCAAAACACCAGUGGAGGCGGGGCUGGAACCAUGUUGGGGAAAGCCUGCUCCAUGAGAAGGAGAGGCGGAAAAGCAGAACGUGAGACAGACUGAACUGCCACAGUUGUAAAAACAUCUCUUUGCCCUCUCAGAUAUUUUCUACCCCACAUGGACUGGAGGUCCACGUCCGACGAUCCCACAGCGGCACACGACCCUUUGCUUGCGACACCUGCGGCAAAACGUUUGGGCAUGCUGUGAGUCUGGAGCAACACGCCAACAUUCACUCUCAGGUCAGGAGUGAGAAGAGGCAAUAAUAUGCUUCCUGUCGCGUGUCUCUCACAAUCAGAUCUGUUUCCAUUCCACUACUGUUCAGCUUCCAUGAAAACCUACAACAUAAGAACACAAUAAUUCCCUGUUGGAUCAGGCCAAUAGCCCAUCUAGUUCAGCAUCCUUUUCUUACAGUGGCUAACCAGAGACCCCAGUGGUAAGCCCACAAGCAGGAUUCAAGCACAAGAGCCCUCUCCCCUCCUGUAAAGGUAAAGGUAAAGGUAAAGGAAAAGGGACCCCUGACCAUUAGGUUCAGUCGUGGCCGACUCUGGGGUUGCGGCGCUCAUCUCGCUUUACUGGCCGAGGGAGCCGACGUACAGCUUCCGGGUCAUGUGGCCAGCAUGACUAAGCGGCUUCUGGCGAACCAGAGCAGCGCACAGAAACGCCGUUUACCUUCCCACCGGAGCGGUACCUAUUUAUCUACUUGCACUUUGAUGUGCUUUCAAACUGCUAGGUUGGCAGGAGCAGGGAGGCAGGAGCAGGGACCGAGCAAUGGGAGCUCACCCCGUCAUGGGGAUUCGAACUGCCGACCUUCUGGGUGGCAAGCCCUAGGCUCAGUGGUUUAACCCAUAGUGCCACCCGCGUCCCUCUCCCCUCCUGUGGUUUCCAGCAAUUGAUAUUCAGAAGCAGUGCUGCCUUCAACUGCAGAGGCAGAGCAUAGCCAUCAUGGCUAGUAGUCAUCAACAGCCUUACCCUUCAUGAAUUUAUCCAAACCUCUUUUAAAGCCAUCUAGGUUGGAGCAAAUUCCAUCGUUUAACUAUGAGCUGUGUGAAGAAGUUCUUCCUUUUCCCCCCUGUCCUGAACAUUAAACCUCUGUCAUGUCACCUCUUCCCCGGCUUUUCUCUAAACUAAAAAGUUCCAAAUGCAAAAAGUACCUACAUUGUUGUUCUCUUGCUAGUCACUAUUCACUUGAAACAAACAAAAUUAAUUAUGUCGUUAGUUAUGUGAUCAAUUUCAAUCUGAGGAAAACCUGGAGGACAUAAACUGGAAAUAACAUUUACUUAGGUUUUGCAGACCUAAAACAACCCCAGCAAAAGCAAAUGCGGCUUGUAUUCACUUGCAUGAUUUCCAGGGUUGGUGUUUCCCAUCUCUGGACAACUGGCCUGACUUUUGGUCUCGAUUUCUUGAUCUUGUUGUUACAGGAGAGAAGCUUUGCAUGCAAAAUGUGUGGGAAGACUUUCAAACGCUCUUCCACCCUCUCCACUCACUUGCUGAUCCACUCAGACACAAGGCCGUACCCCUGCCAGUACUGCGGGAAACGCUUCCACCAGAAGUCAGACAUGAAAAAACACACUUACAUCCACACAGGUGAGAGGAGGAGUGCCCCCCCUACUGGUGGGAUGGGGAGAUGCUGGUUCAGCCUAUUUCACUCAUGUGUCUAUUGCAGCAUGUGUCUAUUGCACAUGCAGGUGCAAUACUUGGUUUUUUUACUUGUUUAUUAUUAUAUGUCUAGACCCACCUUUCCUCCAAGGAGCUCAAAGUGGUUUCUCCCCUCCCCAGUUUAUGUUCACAACAACCCUGUAAGGAAGGUUUAGGUUGAGACAAAGUAAUAGAUGACCCAGUGAGCUUCUUGGGAAAGUUGGGAUUUGAACCGACUUCCACAGGUACUGGAAGUUACAUUGGAGCCCCUGAGUGCCAUGCUGGUGACCUAAUGGAUACAUAUAAUAAUUCCUUUUGACCUCCUUUCUUUGCCAUCCAGGAGAGAAGCCAGUUUGGUCUCUCCCUUGCCUUGAAUUUAUUCCUGGGAUAAAUUCAAGUGCAACAGGCUUCCCAGGGGCCCUGUAGUAGUUCACCACACCUCUUAGGCCAGUGGGCACCUGUGGAGUUUUGGGAGUGUCCUUGUCAAAAAUAAUUUUAUCCAUUAUAGCUACCGUAUUUUUCGCUCUAUAACACGCACCCAACCAUAACACGCACGUAGUUUUUAGAGGAGGAAAAUCUGUAGGCAUGCCACCCGUAGGCAUUCCCUCCAUAACACGCACAGACAUUUCCCUUUACUUUCUAGGAGGAAAAAAGUGAGUGUUAUGGUGCAAAAAAUAUGGUAUAUUCCAAGGUAAAUACUACCAAGCAUCCAGUGUAAGACUUUGGGCUCUUUCCCAUUGAGUUACUGUUCGAGCUCCUAAGACCGUACGAAUAAUUAGAGCUGCUGAUAUAUUUUUGCUUCUUGUCAUCUCCUCUUUGCCAUCCAGGGGAGAAGCCACACAAAUGCCAGGUCUGUGGCAAAGCCUUCAGCCAGAGCUCCAACCUCAUUACGCACAGCCGCAAGCACACUGGGUUCAAGCCGUUUAGCUGUGAGCUCUGCGGCAAGGGUUUCCAGCGCAAGGUGGAUCUGCGGCGACACCGGGAGAGUCAGCAUAGCCUCAAGUGAGGAGAACAGCCUUCUGAGUUCAGCUAAGGGGAGAUGGCUGACAUCAGGAGAGAUCCUUGCAGAGAGACGAGAGUGUGCCCAAGAUGAAUUUCCUCCUGUUCUUCAUCAAGAGAGAGAGAGAAUGAAGGAGCCUAAGGAAGAGCAGCAUUGUUCUCUUCCAGAGGGCCCAUUGCUUAGGCUCAGUUUUCCCCACCUGUAGAUUUUCUUCUCCUUCAAGGGAGGACAGUCAAUGGAGACAGUACUGAGCUAGACAGCUCAACAGCCUUACUUGGUUUGAGGCCCCCUCUGCACUGUACGUUUAAAGCUAUCUCGUACCACGGCUUCUGGGAAACUGUCGUUUGCUAAGGAGGCUGAGAGCAAUUUGGAGACUCCCCACUCCUUUCACAGAACUACAAUUCCCAGAGUUCCCCUGGAAGGUGAAUUAGUUGUUAAACCACUCUGGGAAUUCUUCCUCCAAAGAAUCCUGGGAAGUGUAGUUUGUUAAGGGUACAUAGUAGUAGUAUUCCCUUAACAGAGCAACAAAUCCCAAAGUUAAGAGGGAUUGGUUGUUCAACCAAUCUGGAAACUGUAGCUCUGGGAAGGGAAAAUGGAUCUCCCAAGUACUCUUACACCCUUAACAAGCUACAGUUCCCAUAAUUUCUUUGGGGAAGCUAUGAAAGUUGAAAGCUGUAUGAUACAGCUUUAAAUGUACAGUGCAGAUGGAGCCUAAGUCUGUUCCAUAUAAUCUGCCUGCAAAACAAGUGCUCUGUCACUGAGCUAAGGCCCUUCUGGGAUAAUUUUUUUUAUCUGCUGAACUGUCAUGGCUUCCUCCAAAGAAUCCUAGGAAAUGUAGGUUACUGAGAGUAGGACAUUUCCUACUACAGUGGUACCUCAGGUUAAGAACUUAGUUCGUUCCAGAGGUCCGUUCUUAACCUGAAACUGUUCUUAACCUGAAGCACCACUUUAGCUAAUGGGGCCUCCUGCUGCUGCUGCAGGAUUUCUGUUCUCAUCCUGAAGCAAAGUUCUUAACCCGAGGUAAUAUUUCUGGGUUAGCAGAGUCUGUAACCUGAAGCGUAUGUAACCUGAAGCAUAUGUAACCUGAGGUACCACUGUAGUCUUCCCCCACAGGACUACAGUGCCCAUGAUGCCCUAGGGAGAAGGAAGAACAGUUAAAACCACUUUAAGCAUGGAACACUGAUAUGCUGCAUGAAGAAGAUUUGCAAGAAAGAAGAGCAUAAUGGCUAAGCUUGAGCCCCUCCUUUUGCCCCCCCCCCCAGCAAAACCUCAUCUGCCUUCUCAGAGAACACUGUCAAUAUGUAUUUAUGCUUAUCUUAUUGUAUAUAUUGUUUUGAAUGAAUCAUGCCACCCCUGGUGUUUUUACCAAAGAUGCCUUACACAGCACCUAUGAGCACUUGGUCCUGGAGGACAAACCUUUGCGUUGAGGUUCUCUGCUCUCUGUUUUGGAGUAUUCAGACACCCCCAGCUCCCUAUGCCACUAAUAUAAUUAUCAUCUGUUUAUUUGUACUCCAUUUUCCCACAAAAUUGUGCCCAAGGUGGAUCACAACAUACCAGCAGAAUAAGUAUAACAAGAAUAACAAUUCAAAAUAUAUAUUAGAAACAACCUAUGAGAUCGUCUUAUCACAUGUCCACUUGAAUGCUUCGAUCAGUGGAAUUGCCACUAUUACAGGUGCCACAUAAUACCCAUUCCACAUUUCUAAUAAAUCUUUUACUCUGGCAGCACCUACGCUUUGGAGCUCUGCCUAUUGAUACCAGGCAAGCGCCUGCAUUGUACUCUCUUUUGGCACCCGCGAAAAACAAUGUUUAGACAAGUCCACCUGGAUGCUUAGAAACAUGACACAAGAUUGAAUCUGUUUUCAGUCUAUUGUUAUUUUAACUUUUUGAUUGUCUUAAAUUAUUUUCUUAGUGAUAAUUCUAUUGUUUUAUCCUUUUUUGUAAACUGCUUUGAGGUUGUUGUUUUUUAUAAGUGGUGUAUAAACUGUAUGAACUUUAUGAUACAGUACAUAAUAUCAAUAAAUGCAUUUUU